CUUCAGCCCUGAGCAAACCCCGAGCGGCCUCCGCUCCUGCCGGGAACCUCAAAUCCCAAAAAUCCUCCCCAAAACCAUGGCGAAGUUUCUGUCGCAGGAUCAAAUUCACGAGUUCAAGGAAUGUUUUUCCCUGUACGACAAGAAGCAAAAAGGGAAGAUCAGGGGCUCGGAGCUGCUGGCGGUGAUGCGGUGCCUGGGAGCCAGCCCCACUCCAGGAGAGGUGCAGAGACACCUGCAGCUGCACAGGAUCGACAGGAACGCUGAGCUGGACUUCUCCACCUUCCUGACCAUCAUGUACCGGCAGAUGAAGCAGGAGGAGCCCGAGCAGGAGAUCCUGCGGGCGCUGGCCAUGCUGGACCGGCAGAGGAGGGGAGUGAUCGCCGCGCCCGAGCUGCGUGCCAAGCUCACCCGGCUGGGAGAGAAGCUCUCCGAGGAGGAAGUGGAUGAUCUGCUGAAGGACGCCCCGGCCGGCCCGAACGGAACCAUCAGAUACGAGGAAUUCGCGCGUCUCCUCUGCCUCCCUCCGGCCGACUACUGAAAUCCCGGGAGAUUCCUUAAAAAUGAUUUCAUUUCCGUUUUAUUUCCCCCUCCACCGGCUGCCUUCCAGAACCUGAUUUUGCCUUCGCAUCCCGUGGGAUCGGCCGCGAUUCCCGGGAAAACGCGGCGGGACGGAAACGAACGGAGCGCGACGACGCGAGCGCGGCUCCGGGAAACCGUUUCUGAAAGGAUUCCUGAAAUUCCGAGUGGUUCCUAAAAUCUUUCCAAGAUGAUUUCUUCUUCUAAGUUCCUUAAAAAAGAAUGAUUUCUGGAAUUUCUGGAAGGGUUUC